AUGGAGAGAGAAGAGAUCCAUCGGCCGUCAUGUCCGAGGAAGAGUUCCAGAGAGCCGUGGAGGAGUGUCCUGAAGGUGAGGCCGAGCACCGAGGACCUUGGGGUCCUGUACGGGCUCUACAAGCAGACCACCGAGGGGGAUGUAAUCACAGAGCGGCCUGGGAUGCUAGACUUUGUUGGGAAGAAGAAAUGGGACGCGUGGAAAUCCAGAAAAGGUCUAUCCAAAGAAGAAGCAACGAAAGGCUAUAUUAAGGCUGUUGAAGAUUUUAAAGUCAAGUACGGCAUCUAGGUGCUGUUCCUUACUAAUCUUUACACUACAUGUAAUGUGAUGUCUUAACCCAUCCAUAUGUAAUUUCUUUUAAUAUUUUGUUGGUUGUAAAA